CAAAGGGCGCCCCAGAAGGAGCGCGACGGACAGGUUUCCGACCGGCCGUAGAUCACGCAGCAAAUUUGCGCCCUGAACCUUCGCCUUCCAGCAGUUGUUGCAUUGCCGCCCCACAAGGGGCCACUCGGCCCGAGGAUCAACCCCAGCCCCAGCAAUCUGGGUCAGGAGAGGCUGUGCAGACCGGCGUUCAGGCUGCGAGCUCGCCCACUUAUCUCCGCCCGCGAAUAUGUCGGCCAAGCCCGAUGUCGGCUUAGCGCGCGAGGCUUCUCGGCAGAUCGUGGCCGGUGGUUCUGCUGGUCUUGUAGAAAUUUGCCUGAUGCACCCCCUGGAUGUGGUGAAAACCAGGUUCCAGAUUCAGAGAUAUGCAACUGAUCCAAACAGUUAUAAAAGCUUAGGAGAUAGCUUUCGAAUGAUUUUCCGAACAGAAGGGUUGUUUGGUUUUUACAAGGGAAUUCUACCACCCAUCUUGGCUGAAACACCAAAAAGAGCAGUGAAGUUUUUCACCUUUGAGCAGUACAAGAAAUUGCUGGGAUAUGUGUCACUGUCACCAGCAUUGACAUUUGCCAUUGCCGGAUUGGGAUCUGGACUAACAGAAGCCAUCAUAGUUAACCCUUUUGAGGUAGUAAAAGUUGGCCUGCAAGCCAAUCGGAACACAUUUGCAGAGCAACCAUCCACUAUGGGUUAUGCAAGACACAUCAUUAAGAAGGAAGGCCUGGGGCUCCAGGGCCUCAACAAAGGAUUUACGGCAACUUUGGGACGUCAUGGAGUUUUCAACAUGGUUUAUUUUGGCUUCUACUUCAACGUCAAAAACAUCAUUCCUGUCAAUAAGGAUCCAACCUUGGAGUUUUUGAGAAAAUUUGGGAUUGGCCUUCUCUCAGGGACAAUAGCCUCAGUCAUUAACAUCCCUUUUGAUGUUGCCAAAAGUCGGAUUCAAGGGCCUCAACCAGUUCCUGGAGAGAUCAAGUACAGAACCUGUUUUAAAACAAUGGCAACAGUCUAUCAGGAAGAAGGGAUUUUAGCUUUGUACAAAGGCCUGCUUCCCAAGAUUAUGAGACUUGGACCAGGUGGUGCGGUGAUGCUGCUGGUUUAUGAAUACACCUAUUCAUGGCUUCAGGAGAACUGGUGAUUGCCUAGGAAGUAUUUUCCUCCUUGAGAUAAUGGAUAUUUGCUAUGCAGCACCAUGAAGAGGAAAGACUAUGGAUCAGCUAAGCUAGGCAUACAGUUAUGAAGGGGAAAACAGUUUGUUCAAGAACAAAACCUAUUUUAAUACUUUAAAAAUUGUCUUUAGGCAUCUUGAGAUGAUAGUUUGGGCCAUAUACAUAAAACUGUGAGAUUAAAAAUAAUAUGAAGCAAGGAGAUAUAUGAACUGAAUAUACAAAAAUAGCAUAGAAAUCAGAUAUAUUUCAUAAAAGCAAUAUAAACUUUGUCACCUGUGUUCCUGUUACCCUGCUUCACAAUGAAAAUUCAUUGUAUUGAUAAUUAUUUUUCCUAAGAGGUCUAGAAGUGAUUAAAGUAAAUAUUUGAAAAUAAAUCAUUCUGUGGCCAGUUCUUUAAGAAUUAUUCAAAGAAAGACUGGGUUAAAAAAAAAGUUAAGCCAAAAUUUAAAGUUUUUAUAAGGAAUUACAUUCUUCCAUAAAUAAUAUGUAAAGAGCACAAAGAACAUGUUUUUGAAGUGCACUAAAAUGGCUUUUUAAGAAUGUUUACUUUUAUGAGUACUAUGUUAAAAUGUAAAUCUGUUGGUUUUCUUUAGUAAUUAUGCACAUCUCAGCUAUAUUUUUCUAGAUCUACUUUAUAUCUCAUACUGUUGUUUAAACGGAUACUUUUAAACACUGUUUAAAAACGGAAUGUUAAAAUAUGAUUGUUUUAAGCAGGUAUUUUAAAAUUAUGAUAUCCAAAGUCUUUUAUUACAAAUAGAAAACAUAAAAUUAUAUUAAACUACUUCCCUUCA